AUGCAUCCCGCUUACACACUAUAUAUCGGUCUUGAAGCCCGUGUGGCCGAGUGGAAGAGCGAUAUGUACGCUGCCAUGAACAACGCGUUUGCUUUGCCGGCUGAUGCGCAAGUUCAGGUUGAUGAGAAGAAACCGCUUAUUGUUGAGAAGAGAGUGGAGGAAGGACGGGAGGGAUUGAAGGAAUGGACGGAGAAGAAAUAA